UCAGUCUUCUCCCAGCGCUGCUUCGAUAACAGGACGGCUGCGCAACUUCCGCUCCGCCUUCACGUGCUCAACAAGUCUUCGAUGCUCGUCCUGCUUCACCUGACAUGAUAGGCACCAAAUGAUUCGUCACCAGAGACACACAAGCUGGAAGCAGCCUCACCUUUUUCUCGACUGCCUUGCCGCACUCUGGGUCAUAUUCUGGCGUCACGGUUUCUGGUAGUCGGAAGAGAAUGGGCGCAGACGGCUGACACACACACACACACACACGCAGCCUGUAUGUGUCUGUAUGUGUGUUGCAUGUCUCACGCCUUCGUCGAACAGGGGCUGGCCAAUCGCUGAACAAUUGCAUGAUGGAGGGUGACUACCCAGUGCAUGUCUCGUCUCAGCUGUAUGUGUGUGUCUCCCCCAUUUCUUACCUCGUUUCUUUAUCACUUUCUUCUUGAGCGCCUCCUGCUGAGGCGCUUCGUGUGGCGGCGAGGGAUAGCGGACGAUCGGUGAGCGACGGCGGCCGAACUUCUUGUCUGCCAGCUGCUGCAGGUCAGGUGCGGCGAGUGCAGGAAGCGGCUCACUUUGAAUCGGUCCAUCGCUGGCCACCACAGGCAGAGUGGCAUCGGCGGAAGACGACAGGAGCACGAGGGCAGCCACGAGCACAGCAGCCGAGUAACCCAU